AUGAACUUGUCGUCACAUGUGUCUAUUCAAAGGACAAAAGAGAAAAGAAAUAUGAACGAGAAGAAAGUUCGUCAAGUAAAUGGAUUAGAUUGGGCUGAAUCAUCAAUAUUUCAUUGGUUUCAUGUGAUCUUUUGGACUUGGAUUAAUCCAAUAUUAACAAUUGGUCAUAAACGCGAAUUAACAGAAGAUGAUCUCUUCGAAGUUUCAUCGAAAGACGAAUGUCAACAUUUACUGAAUCGAAUAACAAAAAUUUGGGAUGAAAAUAUUCAUUUAGACACAUGGAAAGUGUUAAUUAAAACUUUUUGGAAAAAUUUUCUCAUCUCCGGUGUUAUUCUUUUUCCAUACACAGCCACAAAGAUUGCACAACCAUUACUUAUCAAAGAAAUUAUUUUGAUAAUCAAUGAUCAUCAACGACCUUCCUAUAUGGGAUAUAUUUACGCAUGUUGUUUAGGUCUUUCUACAAUUGGACAAGCGAUGAUGCAUCAACAAUAUUUCUUUCGUAUAACUCGUAUUGGAUCUCAUGCACGAAUUGCAUUAUCAACAAUUAUUUAUAAACGAUUAUUGUCGUUAUCGACAAGUUCGAUGAUUCAAACGACAACGGGUCAAAUCGUCAAUUUGAUUUCGAAUGAUGUGGGAAAGUUCGAAGAGUUAAGUGUAAGUAUUCAUCUGCUUUGGGCAGCUCCUUUAGAAGCCAUGAUCGUCUUUGUAUUAAUUUGGUUUGAAAUUGGUCUUCCAACAUUAUUUGGUUAUGGAGUUUUACUUCUUCUUGUUCCGUUACAGUUGAUCUUUAGUAAACAAUUUGGUAAAAAUCGAAAAAGUACUGUGGAAUGGUCGGAUAAACGAGUCAAGGUGAUUAAUGAAAUUCUGGUCGGUUGUCAAAUUGUGAAAAUGUAUCGAUGGGAAGAAGCGUUAGAAAAUGUUGCUUACAAUGCUCGUGAAAAUGAAUUCCGAAGUGUAAGAAAAGCCAGUCGAAUCCGUGCAAUUAAUAAUGGCAUUUCAUUUGCUGCAUUACCGAUUAUUUCCUUAGCUUUAUUCGGUGGAAGUUGGCUCAUGGGACAAAAUUUAUCUCCUGCGAAUAUUUUCACUACUUUAGCCUUCUUAGGAAAUUUACGAUAUCCAGUUACAAUUGGUUUACCUUAUGCAAUCGAAAAAUUAAGCGAAAGUCGAAUUGCGACAAAACGAAUUAAUCAAUUUAUGAAAUUAUAUCAACGAAAUGAAGAAAUGAAAGAUCAAAAUGGAUCUGUAGGUUGUAUUCAAAUGAAUAAAGCAUCAUUUACUUGGAAUAAUUCUUCUUCUGUUACUGAAUUAAAUGAUAUUGAUUUAAAUAUUACCAAUGGAUCAUUAGUUGGAAUCAUUGGUUCGACUGGUUCAUGUAAAUCUUCACUUUUAUCUGCUAUUCUUGGUGAAAUGUUAUUAAACAAAGGUACAAGUCAAAUAUCCGGUCAAAUCGCAUAUGUUUCUCAAAUUCCUUGGAUAUUCGCUGGUACAAUUCGUGAAAAUAUUUUAUUCUGUCAAUCAUUUCACGAAGAUAAAUACACCCGUGUACUUCAAGCUUGUCAAUUAACCACCGAUUUACGUUCAUUCGUUGCAGGUGACAUGACAAUUAUCGGUGAAAAAGGCGUAAAUUUAAGUGGGGGACAAAAAGCGCGUGUUUCUCUUGCACGAGCAAUGUAUACCGAUGCGGAUAUUUAUCUAUUUGAUGAUCCAUUAGCUGCUGUCGAUCGAUCAGUUGCUCAAAAGAUCUUUAAAGAAUGUAUCAGCAAUGAAGGUAUAAUAAAGAACAAAACACGAAUAUUGGUUACACAUCAAAUACAAUUUUUAAACGAAUUUGACUAUUGUGUUUUGUUGAACAAUGGACAAAUUGAAAAACAAGGUUCACCGAAAGAUUUGUUGUCCAUUGAUCAUGUUGCAAAAUCGUACGAAAAUCAACAAUUUCAUGGUGAUGAAAAGAAAUCUCGUGUCGAUAGUUACGUUGAUUCAUCAUCAAAACAACAAAUCGAUAAAACAAGUAUUAUGAAAGAUGAAAUUUCCAUCGUUGGAAAUGUUAACAUUAAAAUUUGGGCAAAAUUAUUCACAUCUGCCUAUGGAAUCAUCGGACUUCUCCUUUUAAUCUUCUUAAUGUUCUUAGGUGAAGCAGCAUAUGAUGCAACGAACAAAUGGUUGAGUAUUUGGUCAUCAAAAACGCCUCAUGAACAACGCGAACAUCAUUAUGCAUAUGUUUAUUUUGGAUUAGUGAUGAGUACUUGGUUAAUUUCCUUAAUUCGUGCUGAUUAUUUCUUUAAUUUAAUUUUACACGGUGCAUCGGCGUUACAUAAUCGAAUGUUCAAAGGUGUUCUGUACACUUCAUUAAGAUUUUAUGAAAGUAACCCAGUCGGCCGGGUAUUAAAUCGCUUCUCCAAAGAUCAACAGACUUUAGAUGAAUUAUUACCGAUUACAUUCUAUGAUACACUUCAAGCAUUGAUUAUGGUUUUAGGAUCAAUUGUUAUGAUUGGAAUUGUUAAUCGAUGGGUAUUGUUGAUUUUAAUACCGAUUAUUCCAACAUUUUUCUGGUUGAGAAAGUAUUAUUUACGAAUAAGUCGAAGUUUGAAACGAUUGGAAAGUGUAACGCGAAGUCCUAUUUAUGCUUUAUUUUCGUCGACGUUGAAUGGUUUAAUGACAAUUCGAGCAUUUCAUAACGAAGAACAAUUUUUAAAUUUAUUUGUUAAUAAAAUCAAUGCACAUACACGUGCAUUUUUUCUUUUUCAAUGUACAGGUCGUUGGUUUGGUAUUCGAUUAGAUUUGAUGACGUGUUGUUUAACAUUUCUCACUGCCAUUUUGUCAAUUGUCUUACGAAAACAAAUGGAACCAUCGGAUGUCGCGCUGGCGUUAUCGUACUGCAUAAGUUUAACUGCACUUUUUCAAUGGGCCGUUCGACAAUCGGCGGAAACGGAAAAUUUCAUGACAAGUGCAGAACGAGUUGACGAAUAUUCACAUUUACCACCGGAACACGAUUUCUACCAAGGAAAAGUCAUUCCACCUGCCAAUUGGCCACAUGAAGGACGCAUUCGAUUUGAAAACUAUCAACUCAAAUAUCGUCCUGAACUUGAACCAGUGUUAAAAGGAAUUAAUUUCGAAAUUCUUCCCGGAAAUAAAAUUGGUGUUAUUGGACGAACUGGUGCAGGAAAAUCAUCGAUAUUUCAAGCGUUAUUUCGUCUCACAGAACCAUUAACAACCGAAGGCAAAAUUCUUAUCGAUGAUAUCGAUAUUCAUACAAUUAGUUUAAACGAUUUACGUUCAGUAUUAAACAUCAUUCCUCAAACACCUGUUUUGUUUAGUAACACACUUCGAUACAAUCUCGAUCCAUUUCAAGAAUAUACUGAUGAACAAUUAUGGAGCGCAUUAGAAGCUGUUCAAUUGAAGAACAAAAUCGAGAAAUUAGAUAUUCAAAUUGCAGAAUAUGGAAGUAAUUUUAGUGUUGGUGAAUGUCAAUUGAUUUGUGUUGCACGUGCUAUUUUAAAACCAAGUAAAAUUUUGUUAAUUGACGAAGCAACUGCACAUGUUGAUACAAAGACUGAUGAAAUUAUUCAAGAAAUUCUACGAGAGAAAUUCUCUCAACAGACGAUUUUAACCAUUGCACAUCGAUUAAAUACAAUUAUGGAUUCAGAUGAAAUUCUCGUUCUUGAAAAAGGUUCUAUUCAAGAUUAUGGAACACCAAAAGAAAUUCUCACGAAACAGAAAGAUUUUCUCAAUGAAAACUCGGACUGA